AAUGCGAACCUGACGUUUCAAUACGUUAGUACUAACUUGACUUGUAUGUUAUUCGUUGGAAGUUAGAUAUCGUGUUUGUAAAUUUAUAGCGAUGGCUGAGAAGUGUGGAUCAGAGAAAGCAUCAAGCUCUUCACCGAACCUGAUAUGUCCAUUAUGCCUUGAUAUAUUUGUCGAGGCGACAAUCCUGACUUCAUGUGGACACACAUUUUGUAGGCGAUGCCUCAAGAAAUACGAUCUAACCCACCAGGACCUUGAUCACAUGGUCUGUCCUCUCUGCAGGGAGAUCCCCAAGUUGUCCGCCAACCGUGUCGAUGAUCUCCGCCUCAAUGUCUCCAUCAACGGAUGCGUAGACGAUUACCACGCCAAGUGUGGAGGGAUGAAUGCUGUCCUUGAGAUGUGCCAGAAAUGGAAAUGCACCGCUUGCAAGUCUCUGAAAGACGCUGUAUCAUUCUGCAGAACAUGUAAUUGUUAUAUGUGUGAUGAGUGUCUGCAUUGUCAUCAACAUCUUACACUGUUGUUUGGAGAUCAUAAGAUCGUCUCCAUGGAUGAUGUCAUUAAAGGGAAGGUCAGCAUUGGUCAUUUAUUCGAGAAGUGCUCCAUCCACAAAACAGAGAACAAGGAUAUGGUUUGUGAGGAUUGUAAGGUCCACGUCUGUCACAGGUGCGUACUUGUUGGUCAUAAAGCUCAUGAAAUCAAGGACCAGGUUGACUUUGAACAGGAGUUGCGACAUAAGGUGUCAGACCUUGCUCAGAGAUGUGCUGACGAGAAAGCAGAGCUGGAGAAGAACAUUCAGAACAUAGAAAUACAACGUCAUGAGGUACACACUGCAGUGCAGACACUACUAGAUGAUGCCAGGCAAGCCUACAGUAUCAAGGCCAAGGAACUGGAAGAAAAUCUUCGAAAUCUUACCGAGCAAAUACAUGCCUUAGAACGUAGUUUUGAUGACGACCUCAACGUCUUGAAGUCAAAAGAUCGACAGAGAAUCAAGAGUAUUUGUAGUUCAAUAACACUGGUAGAUAAUGACAGACUGGGUCAUCUUGAGACAGACACUCUAUCUGCUCAUAUCUUGCUCUGUGAGGAGCUGGAUGCUAUGCUGAAGGAGGUUACUGAUCACACUUCUGCGGAAGCUAUUAAGAAGAAAGCAAAGGGGAAGAGGUUCAAACCAGCAGACGAUACUCGUCUUGACCUCGGGAGCAUCUCAGGAUCAGAUCCCAAGAUGGAAAUCAUUCAGUGUGUUGAUCUACGGGGAAUGAUGCAAGGUAUGGCACGGUACUCCCAUAGCACUGUCGCUAUCGGGUAUGGGGAUGAUGAUAUUGAUAUCAUUGAUUCAAAUGGCGGAAAGCAGCAGUAUAGAAACACACCCUUUAGUGACAUGGAUUGUUAUGAUCUGGUCUUGCAACGGGACGGGUCGUUAUGCGUGUACACUGGUAAUACAGAAGCCUACAUCUACUCUCCCCUUGGCUCCAGGAAAGCAACAAUCCAUGUGAGAAACAAUACUAAUUAUUAUCUCAAAGUUAACAAAAGUCCAUCAGAUGAAAUCAUCAUUACUAACUGUGGAAAACAAGUCUAUAUCUAUGACCCGACAGGAUCCACUCUGAAACACACUGUUAAAACAAAGCACAAGACGCAUCAGGCAUCUAUCACCAGGACGGGUUUGAUCGUCACGAGUUCAUGUUGGGUCAAUCCAAGCGUGGUGACGGUCUAUGACAGGGAUGGGAAUGCUGGUGAGUCUCUACAAGCUCCAGAGGAUGUCUACCUGUAUGCUGCCGUGGAUGAGCAGGACAGGGUGUAUGUAGCGAGUGUUGAUUGUCAGCAUAGGAAGGUGGUGAUCAGACUCUAUGAUCUUGAUGGUUUGAACCUGAAGGAAAGAGUUGAGUUCAAUGCACUUGAUAUGACAUUGGGUUGGAGUUGGUGUUACUUGGUUUCCCUCUCCCCAGACAUGCUCGCCUUUGCUUGUCACAAGAAGUUAUAUUUCAUCAAAGUAUCACUGUAAUCCACGUUAUAUCACACCAUGUAGUAUGGAAACUGACGUGCUUUCACCCUGCUACAAAUCUACUUUAACAGGUUUCGAUAUUCAAUACUUCAUGUAUAUUACUUACGAUAUGAAACCUUUUCCUAAUGACAAAGUCAGUUAAUGUGAUACAGAUACAAUAAAAAUUUAAUUCGUAGAAAAAAAAAGUAUGUUUCGCAGCCAGAAGCUGGAUAAAAUAUGAAAAUUUUAGUAUUUAAUACGACAAUAUUCAAGUGAUACAAGUGAUAAAUAAAAUGAAGCAAUUAAUGAAGUGUAAAAAUUAUACGUUACUUUGCACCAAUUUUACGAGUUUUGAAUAUACCAUUUAGUCUGCAACAAACAGGCCUACCGUGCUUAUUAUUGUAAUUAUCAUUUACUAACUUAAAGAUAAAACUAUAACUAAGUGUUUAUUGAAAAUAUAAUAAAGCAAUUAGCAAAUGUAAUUUCAAAUAAAUCAAGAUAAUUACUAUCAUACUUACUAAUGAAAAUAUUUACAGCGCAUUAGGGGAAUAAACGGAAAAUAAGCAGAAAGACUACACUCUACACAGUAUUAGACCAUUUUGCUUUCACAUCAUGCGAAAGUUUCGUACCACCAUACUCAUGCCUAUUCACUAUUUGUAUAUCAUUCAGUUAAAUCAUCGCGGAUAAUGGAAUGAUAAGAUGAUUUCUUUCGGACCUUCCAGACGUUUCUUCCAUUUUGUUUUUGAUAAUUAUGUGAUCUUCUCCAAGAGGGAAAGAUAUGCCAACCGCUGAUAACCAGUUAUUAAAAAAAACCAAAUAUUUCCUGGUAAAAAUGUCUCUUUUUGUUUAACAGUAGUCUUGAAAAUAUAAGGUUUUGAUUUUCUUUGUUUUAGAAUGUUUACGAGACAUGUAAAGAAUAUUAUUUUCUUAUUCUUUUUUGUCAUAAGUCCCUCUGAAAAGGAAUGGAACCAUUGCAAUAGUAAUUCGUAUAAAUUAGUGAACAGGUGGAGAUAUGAAUAUAUAAUUUAUAUUCAUUUUCCAAUAUAUAUGCGUGUAUAAAUACAAACUUUAUCUAAAUUAUUAUAUACAUAAUAUUGCAUAUAGGAAUGUAUUGAAUACGGUGUAAAGUAUAAUUAGAAAACUUGUAUUAUCGUUACAUUAAGGUAUAGAGGCUUUCUAAGAAUUAUUUAGAGAAAAUUCAUACAGAUAUAGAUUUCACUUUAAUUUUAGAUUAAGUUAACGAUUGCUAUUCAGCUCGUGUACUCAGUGUUCAAUGCCCGAUGUUCUUUCUCUACAUUCAAGUAUGAUGAUCGCUUCAAAUCCCAGAAUUUGACACCCUUUUAGCAGCUUUGAAAAAAAUAUUUUUUGAAUCGUUAUCCCGAAUUUGUACCUAACAAAUUUGUGUAAAAAAUAACAAAACUAAACUGUCCCUAACUUCGAAAUUCAAAAUGGAAGUUUAAUCAAAUGAAAAUUGAUAAUUGUAAAUAUUGAUCUGGAAAAUAAAAAUAACAACUAGCUUUUUUAGUACAGCCCAAACGACGAAAUUUUUUGAUCAUGAAUACAGCCUUUAAAAAAAAAACGUUCUAAAAAAAAAUUUACGCAAUAAUUCAAGAGACCAAGCUAUCACGUUUAACGUAGACAAUUCCUGGUCGAUCUGUGGUUAUUUUCCUUUAAUAACAUUUAAAUUUUAUUUUAAAUUUAAUGUAUAAAUAAAUUUUCUGGUGUAAAUAUCACGAUUUAUAUUUUAUAAAUGUAUGUUAUCGAGUUACUGUUCUCUCAGAGGUUAGUCUAUGAGAUUCUCUUGUGUAUAGUUAUGACCUAUGUUUAGAACGACUCUGCUUAUCCAAAGGGGAAGAGUAUUUUAAAAGUAAAUUGACUACAAAAUUUAUAGUUUUAUAAUUUCGGUAAGGUUUGUAUUAUUUUAUAAUGUAUUACAAGACACCAUGAAUGCAUCACUAUUAGUGAUUAUGCGUAGCUAUUAGAUGAAUUUAUUUUGAAUGUAUAACCAGUGACAUCAGGGCCCCGUAGUACAAAUUUGAAAGAACAGUUCUGAUUGGUUCUUAUUCAGUCUAGUGAGCAAAAUACGCAUGCAACGACGAUCUUGAUAGGCUAUUUCAUUUAGCGAUUAAUCGCUAACCUUUGUGUUUAAUAUCUCGCCUAGUUAGUUCAACAUGAAAAAAAUAGCAAAUGUGCUUCUUGUUUUGAAAUGCACUUCUGGGGCCUGUUACACGAACCGUAACAACCAUCUUAGAUGAAUAUCUCUACGAUUGAUUGAAUUGACUACAAUGUAUAAUCAAUCAUGAAUACCAAGCAUACGAUCAAUCGCUAACCUUUGUGUUACGGGACCAUUGUAGACUUAUAUACUGUAUAAAUAGGAAUGGUAUAUGUAUCGAUUAUUAUCAACUAUAUAAUAUAAUGAUAUAGAAAAUAUCUUAUCUCUUGAUAUGCUGAAUGUGGAAUCUUGUUUUAUACUUAAAUCAAGAAUCACCAUUACAGAUGAAGGGGGCCUCAAGCUGCAAAUCAUAUUACAUUAUACAAAGGCUACAUUUUGAUAUUCGAUUGUUUUAUUUUCUUAGGCCAAUAUAUAUUAGAGUACAUUUAGCAAAGCAAAAGAGAAAACAAAUAGAAACAAAACAGAUAUCCGAUUAUUUUAUGAGAUAUAGAUAGAAAACGAGGGAAAAUUAUUCCGAGAGGACAAUCUAGAGUUUGCUAACUAAAAACGACCAAUGUAAAUUUGAUUAUAAUCGAAGUAAAU